UAUUGAUCGUCGAUAAAUGCGUGAUCUAGCUUUUAUGUGUAUUUAUAUUUGUGUACAUAAUUCUAUAGAUUUAGAGUUAAUGAUAAAUAAAAGUUUUCUUGUUUUCAUUCAUUUAUUUCUUUUUACAUAAUUAUUAAUAUAUUUAUUUCAAAUAACAGGUAUAUUAUAUCUUAUUAAAAAAUGACAGCUAUGGCAGCCACAGCUACUCUUCAAGGAGAUGAAGAAUUUGAAGAAUAUAAUCCACAAGCAAAAUUAAUAAAAACCCUGGAAGGAAAUGGCAUAACAGCAGGAGAUGUAAAAAAGCUGGAAGAAGCUGGCUACUAUACUGUGGAAGCUGUAGCCUAUGCUCCAAAAAAGUGCUUAAUUGCUAUCAAAGGUAUCAGUGAAGCUAAAGCAGAUAAAAUUUUGCAAGAAGCUUCCAAACUUGUUGUAAUGGGAUUUAAGAGUGCUACUGAAAUUCAUCAAACUCGUUCCAAUAUUGUUUUUGUAACAACUGGUUCUAGUGAAUUGGACAGACUACUAGGCGGUGGUAUCGAAACGGGUUCUAUUACAGAAAUAUUUGGAGAAUUUAGAUCAGGAAAGACUCAAUUAUGUCAUACGCUUGCUGUGAAUUGUCAAUUACCGAUAGAUAUGGGUGGCGCAGAAGGAAAAUGUCUUUACAUAGAUACAGAAGGAACUUUUAGACCCGAAAGAUUAAUUGCUGUUGCUGAAAGAUAUAAGAUAGCAGGGGAUUCUGUAUUAGAUAAUGUGGCAUGUGCUAGAGCUUAUAAUACAGAUCAUCAAACUCAAUUACUAAUUCAAGCUAGUGCUAUGAUGAUAGAAUCUAGAUAUGCAUUAUUGAUAGUAGAUAGUGCAACUGGUUUAUAUAGAACUGAAUACUCUGGAAGGGGAGAAUUAGCUGCUAGACAAAUGCAUUUAGGUAGAUUUCUCAGAAUGUUGCUCAGAUUAGCGGAUGAACAUGGUGUUGCUGUUGUUAUAACCAAUCAAGUUGUGGCACAAGUUGAUGGUGCAGCUAGUAUGUUUGGUGGCGACCAAAAAAAGCCAAUUGGUGGUCAUAUUUUAGCUCAUGCAAGUACUACAAGAUUAUAUUUACGUAAGGGUAGAGGUGAAACUAGAAUAUGUAAAAUCUAUGAUUCACCCUGUUUGCCUGAGAGUGAAGCAAUGUUUGCAAUAAAUGCAGAUGGUAUUGGUGAUGUCAAAGAAUAAUACUAUAUUUUUCUCCUUUAAAUACUUAUGUUUAUAAAAGAAAUUACUUCAAGAUGUGUUUUCCAGAAAAUAUAAGAUAGUAUUUUUAUUUAAUUAAUGACACUCUUUAAGGAUAUAUAAUUUGUUUUAUUAUACAAAGGUAUUGAAUAAGUAGAAAAUAUUGUUAUAUGAUUAUUGCACAACAUAUGAUCUAAUAAAUCUAAUAAAAAAUAUCAAAUGCAUAAAAUAAGACAGGAAAUACUAAAUGCAUAAAGUAAUAUCAAAUAUAUAGUAGUAAUUUGUUUAUAUUUUUUUAAGUAAAUAUG